GAUUACGUGCAAGUUUACUGAAUGUUUCUUGAUAGAAAGAUACCGGACUCUAUUUCUUCAUAUAUAGUGCCGCUGAUCAGCCUGACUACGCCAGCAGGGGUACUUAUGGCCGCCCAAAAUAUCCCUCGGCUAGUUCCGUACGCUUUCUUCACUCAUAAUGCCGAAAAACCUCUUAAAAGCGCCUGGUUGGCAUAUCGCCAAUAACCUCGAUGCUUUUAUAUAAAGAGAUUAGCAUAAUAUCCAAGUCAAAGACACAG